AUGGAAAAUAAGCCGAGUGUCUUGACCGAUAAAUAUGAUGUUGGGAGGUUGUUGGGUCAAGGUACUUUUGCCAAGGUGUAUUAUGGAAGGAGUGUUGAUACUAACCAGAGUGUUGCUAUCAAGAUGAUUGACAAGGAAAAAGUUAUGAAAGUUGGGCUUAUGGAGCAGAUCAAACGAGAGAUAUCUGUUAUGAGGAUUGCUAAACACCCUAACGUAGUCGAGCUAUACGAGGUCAUGGCAACAAAAACAAGGAUCUACUUUAUUAUGGAGUAUUGUAAAGGUGGAGAACUCUUCAACAAGGUGGCUAAAGGGAAGCUGAGAGAUGAUGUUGCUUGGAAGUAUUUUUAUCAGCUUAUCAACGCGGUUGAUUUUUGCCACAGCAGGCAAGUGUAUCAUCGCGACAUAAAGCCUGAGAAUCUAUUGCUGGAUGACAAUGAGAAUCUCAAGGUAUCUGAUUUCGGGUUAAGUGCCCUUGCUGACUGUAAACGUCAAGAUGGUCUCCUCCACACUACUUGUGGUACGCCUGCGUAUGUUGCUCCCGAAGUGAUUAAUCGAAAAGGCUAUGAUGGCAUAAAAGCAGAUAUUUGGUCUUGUGGGGUGGUUUUGUUUGUUCUAUUGGCUGGGUACCUACCUUUUCAUGACUCCAAUCUGAUGGAGAUGUACAGGAAGAUAGGAAAAGCAGAGUUUAAGACUCCAAGCUGGUUUGCUCCGGAAGUACGGAGGCUGUUGUGUAAGAUGCUGGACCCCAACCCUGAAACUAGAAUCACAAUCGCAAAAAUCAGGGAGAGUUCUUGGUUCAGAAAAGGUUUACACAUGAAACAGAAAAAGAUGGAGAAACGAAUCAAAGAAAUGAACUCCGUGGAAGCUGGUGCCGCAGGUCCAAGUGAGAAUGGAGACAUUGUCACUGAGGAAAACCAUACAGACCAGCCUACAAACAUAAACGCUUUUGAUAUAAUUGCCUUGUCUACUGGGUUUGAUCUAGCAGGACUGUUUGGAGAUGUGUACGACAAGCGAGAAUCUAGAUUCACAUCUCAGAAACCUGCUUCAGUGAUCAUAUCUAAGCUGGAAGAGGUGGCACAACGAUUGAAACUGAACAUAAGAAAGCGAGAAGCAGGUUUAUUCAAACUGGAACGUUUAAAAGAAGGAAGAAAAGGAAUUCUAUCUAUGGAUGCAGAAAUCUUCCAAGUGACGCCGACGUUUCAUCUAGUGGAAGUGAAGAAAUCUAAUGGAGAUACUCUGGAGUAUCAGAAAUUAGUGGAAGAGGAUCUUAGACCUGCUCUUGCAGAUAUUGUUUGGGUUUGGCAAGGCGAGAAAGAUGAACAGUCACCACCACAGCCUGAUUCACAGCAAGACACAGAACAACAGGAAGAACCAUUAUAG